AUGGAGGAAAUGACAGCAGCGAGGUGUCCAGUGAUGGGGGAAGUGACAGCAGAGCGUUCUCCAGCAGCAGACCAGAUGUCCGGUUGUCUCUUCUGCACGGCAGUCGGUGAGGAGAAGCUGGAAGAAGCUCGUCAGAAAUCCCAGAGAAUGAUUUUCGGCUCCAGCCGGGCGUUUCUGCCCUCGGAUGUCCAGCCCCAUCAAUCCCAUCCAAAUUCCUACCAGGAGAUUGUAGAGGGGAGGAUGGCCGAGCACUACGAGUGUGUGGGGGCCGGCGCUCCUGGUCACAGGGGAUUGGGAGAACGCCGUCAUCGCCCUUCACCAAAGCCAUCAAUCUGUGUCCAGAGAAGAUGGAGUUGUAUGUCAGGCGGGCCGAAGCCUUCCUCCAGCUGGGUGACUUCCAGUCUGCAGCCGUCAACCUACAGAAAGCCUGUUCUGGUUCCGAUCCGUCGGGGGAGCACAUAGAGCUGCUGGCCACCACAUACUACCUGCAGGGACAGAGCCUGUUGGAGCAGAAGUGUCCUAUGGAUGCCAUGGAGUGCUUCACCCGAGCAGCCGAGCUGCAGCCGCAGAACAGACAUUAUCGCAUGCACAGUAUCUGCUGCCUGGCGGCUCUGGGAAGAUAUGCGGAAUGCCUCGGCCUUCUCAAUAAGCAGCUGGAAGAGGAAGGCGGGAAUCCUGAUUUGUACAUUGUGCGGGCCAGGCUCUAUGACCACCUCAACAAGACCACGCUGACCUAUCAGGACACUCAGAGGGCUCUGUUCCUGGACCCACAGCACCAGGAAGCCAUAAAAAUGAAAGCCAAGCUGGUAGCAAAAGCAGAAGAGGCCAAGGAUAAAGCGGUGAAUUGUGCCGUGCAGGGCCAGCUACACGACGCCUUGCAGAAGAUCUCUUAUGCCAUAGAGAACAACCCGUCGGCAGGCGGAUAUCACAUCUUCCGGGGCAUCGUGUACAGGAAGAUGCAGGAUUUCAGCCCAGCGGUGGAAGACUUUGUACAGGCCAUGCAGCUUUGUAAUGCAGACGGCGUACCUGACUUGCAGCUGCACUGGGAGGCCGAGAAGCAGCUGAUCCUCACCUACAAUGACUUCGCUGUGCAUUGUUACAUGAAAGGCUUCUACCGGGAUGGCGUGCUGUUACUGAACAAGGCCCUAAAAGGGGAAAAAACCAAGAAAGAGCUUUACAUGAACCGAGGAGAUUGCUUCCUCCGGCUGGGGAGGUGACGUUUAUACCCCUGGCGGAUUACCAGCAGGCGUUUGAGCUGGAUGAUGGAGAUUGGGGUGUGAGGAGUCGUAUAGCGAUAGCUCCUGGAUGAUCUGGGGGUGGGGGCUCAUCACGUGAGGCAGUACCAGCAGGCUGAGCAUCACUUCUCAGAAGCCAUCAAGAAGAACCCGCUCCUGCCUGAGCCGUAUCUCCACCGCGCGCAACUCAGGCGUCAGCUGCAGAACAACACGGACUGGCAGGAGGACGCCGUCACCUCCAUCCUGCUGAACCCGAAAAGUGAGGAGGUGUCACCCACCGUAAUGAACUUCUUCCCCGGGAAUUCUCUGGAGGAGGUUCUGAACAGCACACUGGCCACCAGAGCUGACUAUCUACUGAAGAGGAGCCUGAAUAAUCUGCCCAAUAAUGGGAGGGGAACAUGGGAGCCGCCCCCUUCAGGGAACGUCGCUCCACCCAAUCAGAGCUGA